CUACUGGUAGGUUGCCUCGAUCGCAUCCGGCGCGGCUGUAUCCGUGGCGGCCACCCAUGGCCUGGGGAGAUCCAAUGCCUCGGACAGAGAGCUCGUUAUCAUGCAGAAGGCCUUUCUUGCCAUGGAGGUCUUUUACAUGUUGACCCUCACCCUGGGCAAGUUAUCGGUCAUGGUUCUCUUCUACAGUCUCCUCUCGUCAACCGGUCGGUCGGGACCCGUUCUGGUCGCCAUGGGUGUGCUCCUGGCUUGGACUCUGGCGAUGAUAUUUGUUAUAUGCUUUCAAUGUCAUCUUCCUGAUGUCUGGAACCUCACCGAAGGCACUUGUUUGGACCUGACCGCGGUGUGGGCCUUUGUCGGAGCCGCGAAUAUUCUCGUCGAAAUAGUUAUCGUCCUAGUCCCAUCGGUCAUCAUCGCUCGAGUCCAGAUGAGUUUGAAGAAGCGUCUGGUGGUUAUUGGCUGCUUCAGCGUUCGAAUCAUGGACAUUGCGGUGACCUCCACCCAACUGCAUUAUGUCAAUGCAUUCGGCCGUGCCCCGCUACCCCUCAAUAUCUGGGAAUGGGUUAUGUGCAGUCAAGUGCUCCAGACCGUGACCAUUCUGACUGCCUGUGUGCCUUAUCUUCGCGAAUUCCUCGAGGCAUUCCCCAGUGGCAUGUUUCAGCCGCUCGAGGGGGGACAAAAGGUUACACGGCAGACCUACGAUGGGAACAAGUCUAUGGAUAGCGAUGUAGAACUAGUAAUGCGAGAUGAAUCGGCCAGUAAAACUAGCCAGAAAGCUUGAAUAUAAGACCAAGACUGGAUACAUGAGACCCUCUCCGUAGUUCUACCCAGCCAGCCACCUGCUUAGCCAUUGUCUAUUUGUUGAUCCCAUUAUCUAUUUGUUGAUCGCGGCAACGGUGAUUUCGUCGAAGGGCUCGGCAACGGCGCCGGCAUCGCGCUCGUUGAGGUUGGCCAGAGGGGCACCGAUGACGGCCGUAGCCAGAGCGAGGAGGAGGAUGGAGAAACGCAUUGUGUUGGUUUGGA